AAGGCCAGAGGGGCAGAAAGCCAGAGACCCAUGCACUGUCGGUUUUUGAGGAUUAUUUAAUACUUCCCAUAUACCACAAAACCCAAUUAUGUUAUGCCAAAAAGGCCAUAAAAUCAAGACCCACCCACCUUUUCUUUUUUCUCUUGCAAAAAUCACAUGGACCCUCUAAAGUUUCCCUCUCAUCUUCUUCUUCUUCCUCUGUGUUUUUCACUUGUAAUUUUAGGUAGUUUUGGGAAUUCAGAUAAAAAUGUUGAAAGCAUUAAAGAAAGAGAAUUAUGGAAACAUUCAAGAAGAUUGAUGAUGGAAAAUGAAGAAAAGAGACCUCUUAAAAUUAUGUUUAAAGAGGCAGCUAGAAAUUGGACUGAUGCUCUUCCUAUUGGUAAUGGCCGUCUUGGUGCAAUGAUUCAUGGUGGAAUUAUUUCUGAGAUUAUUAAUCUCAAUGAGGACACACUUUGGACUGGAAUUCCCAAAAACUAUACAAAUCCAAAUAGUCCAGAGGCACUAGCAACUGUGAGAAAGCUCGUCAAUAAUGGAAACUAUUCUGAAGCUACGGCUGUGGCAGAUAAGGAGCUCUCCGGAGAACCAUCUGAUGUUUAUCAGCUUUUGGGUGAUCUCAAACUGGACUUCCAUGACCACCAUUCCGCUCAUACUUACCAAAGAGAGCUAGAUUUGGAUACGGCGGUUGUUAAAGUGAAUUACUCCGUUGGCGAUGUAAAGUUCACCAGGGAACACUUUGCAUCAAAUCCUGAUCAAGUGAUUGCAACCAAGAUCUCAUCCAGUAAAAAGGGUUCCCUCUCUUUUACAGUGUAUCUAGAUAGCAAACAGCAUCAUCAAUCUUACAUUGACAAAAAAAACCAGAUCAUCAUGGAAGGAAGUUGCCGUGGCAAAAGGAUACCGCCAAGAAUAGAUGAAGCUGAUGACUAUCCAAAAGGGACUCAGUUCUCUAUGGUUCUCAAUCUACAAAUUGGUGGUGAUAACGGGGUUAUACAUAAUAUCGAGGACCAUAAAUUCAGAGUUGAGAAUGCAGAUUAUGCAAUUGUUCUUUUGGUCGCAUCAUCUUCAUUUGAUGGACCAUUUACGAAACCUUCAGAUUCCAAGAAGAAUCCAACUACAGAAGCUCUUACUGUGAUGAACUCAAUAAGUAGUCUUUCAUACUCGGCUCUUUAUACCCGUCACUUAGACGACUAUCAAAAACUCUUUCACCGUGUCUCACUUCAGCUAUCUAAAAGCAGUAAGGCCCUGAAUAAAGAGAAUGAGAUAGUUCCUACUUCUGAGAGGGUACGGUCUUUUAAAACGGAUGAAGAUCCGUCUUUGGUGGAGCUACUAUUUCAGUAUGGUCGGUAUUUGUUGAUUUCUAGCUCGCGAGCUGGAACACAGCCUGCAAAUCUGCAAGGAAUAUGGAACAAGGAUAUCGAGCCACCUUGGGAUUGUGCUCCUCAUUUGAAUAUCAACCUUCAGAUGAACUACUGGCCCUCUCUUCCUUGUAAUCUUCAUGAGUUGCAAGAGCCAUUGUUUGAUUACACGUCUUCCCUUGCAACGAAUGGAGAGAAAACGGCUAAUGUAAACUACAAAGCUAACGGGUGGGUCGUACAUCAAGUAUCUGAUAUUUGGGCCAAGACAUCACCUGAUAGAGGGCAAGCAGUUUGGGCCUUGUGGCCCAUGGGUGGGGCUUGGCUUUCUACUCACUUAUGGGAGCAUUACACUUAUACAAUGGACAAGAACUUCCUGAAAAGCAAAGCAUACCCAUUAUUAGAAGGUGCAGCAUCAUUUCUGUUAGACUGGUGGAUCGAAGGAAAAGAUGGAUAUUUACAGACUAACCCUUCAACUUCUCCUGAGCAUAUGUUUACUGCCCCGAAUGGCAAGCCUGCGAGUGUGAGUUACUCAUCAACCAUGGAUGUGGCAAUAACUAAGGAAGUGUUUGGCAUAAUUAUCUCUGCUGCUGAAGAAUUGGGAACAACUGAAGAUGAUCUAGUCAAAAAAGUGGUGAAGGCUCAAGCAAGACUACCGCCUUAUAGAACAGCUCGGGAUGGUUCACUUAUGGAAUGGGCUGAAGAUUUCGAGGACCCUGACCCACAUCAUAGACAUGUAUCACACUUAUUUGGUAUAUUUCCUGGUCAUACAAUAACUGCUGAUGAAAAUCCAGAUCUUUGUAAAGCUGCAAAUCAUACACUACAUAAACGAACAGAUGAUGGUCCUGGGUGGUCUACUGUAUGGAAAGCUGCAUUGUGGGCGAACCUGCGUGAUAGUGAGCAUGCAUAUCGAAUGGUCAAGCAUUUGUUCAAUUUAGUAGACCCUGAUCGUGAGGGAGACUUUGAAGGAGGACUUUAUAGUAAUUUGUUCUCAGCACAUCCGCCUUUCCAGAUUGAUGCAAACUUUGGUUUUUCUGCUGCUGUAGCAGAGAUGCUUGUUCAGAGCACUCUGAAAGAUCUCUACUUGUUGCCAGCUCUUCCAAGGGAUAAAUGGGCUACUGGUUGUGUUAAAGGACUAAAGGCUCGAGGUGGAUUGACCGUCAAUAUUUGUUGGAGCGAAGGAGAUUUACGAGAAGUUGGGAUUUUGUCACACAACUCAAAUUCUGUCAAGCGAGUGCAUUAUAGAGGAUCUACUGUUACCACACAAAUUUCAUCUGGUAAAGCCUACACAUUUGACAGGCAAUUAAAGUGCAUAAACAUAUUAUCUCUUCAAUAGAUAUCUUCCUAUCAGAUUAGAGCUGUUCAAAGGGAUAGGACCCAUUACAAGCCUGGGUACGUCUCGUAUUUUUACUGGAUCAGGCCCAUUUAUGUUUUAAAUGAGCCGAAUCUUACACAGGUCAUGACACAGAUAGAUGCAGAUCAAGGCCAAAGAGCAUUAUUGGCUAUUUUUUUGUUGAUUCUUUGAAGGUACAUAAGUUCCUCAUUAGUGAUGCUUUUUACUACCCACUUUGGCUAGAAUACAGUAUUAUGAUGGAGGAAUUUUUGUAUUAUCUACCCUUGUUCUAAGAGUAAUGAUAAAUCAUAAAUUACUGACAGCAA